AAACAAGAAAAGUACUUACCUACUUGUUUCAAAUAUUAAUAAAAAUAAAUAGAAAGUAAUAAAGAUUAAAAUAUCAAAUACAACUUAAACAUGACCGAACCAGAAUUAGUGGAGGAUUUCUUCGGUGUUUACUUGUUAUAUUGUACAAAUCCAAAAUACAAGGGCCGCACAUACGUUGGUUAUACCCGGGACCCAAAUAGAAGAAUAAUGCAACAUAAUAAAGGAAUAUGGGCUGGAGGAGCACACCGAACUAAUAAUAAGGGACCCUGGAAAAUGGUAGUCAUCGUGCAUGGAUUCCCAAAUAAUAUUUCUGCUCUUAGGUUUGAAUGGGCCUGGCAAAACCCAACAAAUUCAAUAAGACUGCAACAUCUAAACUUAAAGAAGAUCCCAAGAAAAGAGUCUGAAUUUAAAUUUAAAUUAAGAAUUCUGAGUGAGAUGUUGCGAGUGGGCCCAUGGUGCAGACUGCCUCUGAUCAUUAGGUGGUUGGAGCCAGAAUAUCGGGAGGAGUUUCCUCCCGAAAGAACACCACCGCAACACAUGUCAAUCUGCGAAGGACCUGUAAAAAGUAGAAACUUAAAGACUAAACACUCAAACUGCAUACCACCUGAUGAGGAAUGCCUCCUAUGCUCCGCUUACAUCACUAACGGUCAGACUAAAAUCACCUGUUUGAAUCCGAACUGUGAACUUUUGUGCCAUAUAACUUGUUUAGCCGAUCUGUUCUUGGCACCAGGAGAGUAUGUUCCAGUAGAAGGUGUUUGUCCCUUCUGUGAUUUGAAGGUGAAAUGGGGAGACUUGAUCAGGAAAAUGAAAGGGUGUGCUUAUUCAAAUGAAGUGGAAGAAUGCAGUGAUGAAGACAUACAAGAUGUAGCUUUCGCUGAAGACCCGUCGUGGAUGCAAGAUUGUGUUUAUGAUUUAUGACGAUGUUCUUGUUUUUGGUUGUCGAAUACAGUAUUAUUAUUUAUUUUCA